AGACAGUCCCUAUCAGUCACCGAGAUAGACUGCUCCUAGUAUAUAUCACAGAGACAGUCCCUAUCAGACACCGAGAUAGACUGCUCCUAGUAUAUAUCACAGAGACAGUCCCUAUCAGUCACCGAGAUAGACUGCUCCUAGUAUAUAUCACAGAGACAGUCCCUAUCAGUCACCGAGAUAGACUGCUCCUAGUAUAUAUCACAGAGACAGUCCCUAUCAGACACCGAGAUAGACUGCUCCUAGUAUAUAUCACAGAGACAGUCCCUAUCAGACACCGAGAUAGACUGCUCCUAGUAUAUAUCACAGAGACAGUCCCUAUCAGACACCGAGAUAGACUGCUCCUAGUAUAUAUCACAGAGACAGUCCCUAUCAGUCACCGAGAUAGACUGCUCCUAGUAUAUAUCACAGAGGCAGUCCCUAUCAGUCACCGAGAUAGACUGCUCCUAGUAUAUAUCACAGAGACAGUCCCUAUCAGUCACCGAGAUAGACUGCUCCUAGUAUAUAUCACAGAGACAGUUCCUAUCAGUCACCGAGAUAGACUGCUCCUAGUAUAUAUCACAGAGACAGUCGAUAUCAGUCACCGAGAUAGACUGCUCCUAGUAUAUAUCACAGAGACAGUCCCUAUCAGUCACCGAGAUAGACUGCUCCUAGUAUAUAUCACAGAGACAGUCCCUAUCAGUCAUCGAGAUACACUGCUCCUAGUAUAUAUCACAGAGACAGUCCCUAUCAGUCACCGAGAUAGACUGCUCCUAGUAUAUAUCACAGAGACAGUCCCUAUCAGUCACCGAGAUAGACUGCUCCUA